UCCAUCCAUGCCAUGUCCAUACCUAGAUAGAUCCGUGAUCCUCGGCGCUUCUCCAUCUUCCCUUUUCUCACCUCCAGUUCCCCACAGAUCUCCGGUAAUACGCCCCCACUGCUACUCCACAUCCGCUACGCCUUCAUCGCCUUCAUCGGAAGCUUCCAUGGACCACCGCUAGUCUGCCCAUUUGCAAUGCUGGGUUUCACGCCGUCCUUUUCUUCUUCCUUCUUGCUGAUGCAUAGCAUUGUUUGGUCUUUCUGAGCUACCGACUUUCGCUAUCUCCGCCAACGAAAAAAUAUCAUCGUCUCCCUCCGCAUGCUACUCUCACCUCCCUCUGUCUCUCGCAUGCUUUUUGUCAGAUACCCAUCUCUUUUGCCUCGAAGGCAUAAUCGCUCUCGACCAUCUUUACGCGUGCGUCAUUUUUAGCCGCAUCAUACAGCAGGCCCUGUGCUGCCUCAUAUCCAAUGUCCCAAAAAAUGCUCUCCCUCCUAGACCUCAUCUCCCAAAACCAACCGCACUUCCAAACCCACCAAGCCCUCCUCGUCAUUGGACUCCAAAACGACUUCAUCGAACCCGAUGGCCGCCUUCCCGUCGACACCCGCAACGGAUUCCUGGACCGCAUUACCGCCGUAGUGCCUAAGCUCCGCCAACUCUCCACCAACAUCAUCUGGGUGCAGACGCUCUACGAAGCCGACCGGCUUGCCAACGACCCGAGCACGGGUGAGGGCGAUGCCGUGGUUGUAGGUGGUCUCGUGGACGCCGUUGAGAGCAGCACCGACGACGACGACGACCUACCCAAGGAGCCUGAGCCAAUCGCACCAGCACAGUCGAGAGUGUCACGACGCAAACAGCGAGCCUUGGAUCUGCUCAAGAAGGUUUCUUCCAGGAGACGAGCCGCACCGGCCGAGGUGUUGCAGUCAGCAGAGGAGGAUGAAGAGCUAUUCCUGCUGCGGUCCUCCAACCGAACCCCUGCUUGCAUCCCUAAUUCCCCGGGCGCCGAGUUCGUCGAUGCGGUCAAGGCGAGCAUAGCGAAGACGGAUGCAGUCCUACAGACGACGCACUAUUCCGCCUUCCUCGGGACCUCCCUCCUGCUCAUCCUGCGCGCCAAACUGGUGACCGAAGUCUAUAUCUGCGGCUGCAUCACCAAUGUCUCCGUCCUGGCCACCGUCAUCGACGCGGCCCGGCACGGCAUCCGAAUCAACAUCAUCUCCGACUGCCUGGGAUACCGCAAGCAGAGCCGACACGAUGACGCGCUCAAGAAAAUGGUCGACUAUGUCGAUGCCAACCUCGUGACCAGCCGCGACAUCCUGCAGCGAGACGUCACUCCUCAAGAUGGCAACCCCCGGUCCGAGUCCGGCUCCAAGGACACCGACAGCGCCCUGGAAACCCGCGUAGGCGCCCUGCGAGUCACGGAAGAGGGACGACCCACCUCCUCAGCUGCCUCUACGAAGACUUCGUCCCAAAGCAGAUCCGCGACGGUCAGCGGACGACCUAGGAACCUGUCCGACGCCUCAUACCCGGAGUCGCGUCUGACGACGGAUACCCGGCUGAGCGACGAGCAGUUUGCGGAGACCUUGGUGCAGGGCGCACAGCUUCCGAAACGGGAGGAGGAUGCAGCUGCGCCAAGGAACGAGAUGGUGAAGAGCAAGAUACGGAUGCGGCGGAGGCCGCACGAGAAGAAGAAGGAGAAAGAGGGUGAGCGGUCGAAAGGGGAGGGUAGUGGGAAGAGUAGGGAGAAGAAAUCGUCGACGGCAGAGAACAAAGAAUCUGAAGCUAGCAAAGAUGCCGAGAAGACUUCUACCCCGACACCGAAAUCGCCCAUCGCGACAACUGCAACUGAUGCGAAAGCACGGCCUGCUGCAGUUGUGAAAGCGGAGAGCAGUGACAACCUCAAUCGCAGCCCUUCAAAACAGGCGCAGGCGCUCAAGCCUUCCGUUUCUCAGCCGUCAUUGUCGGCCGAGAAGAAGGGGGUGGAAAAGAAGCCGUCGCGGAUGCGUCUGGCCUUGUCGCGCAAUUCCAGGAGCGAGUCAAAGAAGGAGGAUAGUCCUAAGAUGUCGCCCUCGCCUGCUAAAAUAAGUGAGGCAACUAAGCAGUCGCCUACGACGACGGUUCCAGAGUCAUCCAAGACCAAAAAAGGAGAAACACCCAAAUCGCCAUUGUCUCCCACCAAAGCUACAUCGUCCCCUAGCAAACCACCAACGAAGACCAACUUCAGCUCCCCAGAUCACUCCACCAACUCGAGCACUCCGAUCCCGUCACGCACAAAACCCGUCCCACCUCAACCCUCCAACCCCUCAACCUCGAAAUCCAAGAAACCCCAAUCCCUCGCCACAUUUCCCGUCCUCGGCCCCGGCGACUCCAUAGCAGCAGGCGACUCGCGCAUCCUCUACGACUUCCUCCCGCCCACCCUGCGCCACCACACCGACCGCUCCAAACCCCUCGUGGAUCUCAUUUUCCCCUUCCUCUACACCGAAAUCCGCUGGCAACGGAUGCUGCACCAAACCGGCGAAGUGCCCCGCUUAGUAUGCUGCCAAGGGGAAUUCGGCAGCGACGGAUCGAUGCCCGUGUAUCGACAUCCGACAGAUCACGUGUUACCGUUGAUGCAUUUCUCCCCAAUGGUCCAGGUCGUGAGGAAGAGGGCGCAAGAAAUCGUCGGACACCCGCUGAACCACGUGUUGAUCCAGUUGUAUCGGUCCGGGAACGACUAUAUAUCCGAGCAUUCGGAUAAGACGCUGGAUAUAGUGCGGGGGUCGAAGAUUGUGAAUGUCAGUUUUGGGGCGCAGAGGACGAUGCGGCUGAGGACGAAGAAGGCGUCGUCGUCUGGCGCUGUUGACUCUUCUCCUUCUGGUGGAAAAGCAGAUAAGACGACUGAUACUCCGACCCCUGAGGCGGGCGACGCACGAACAACGCAGCGCGUGCCGAUGCCGCACAAUUCCAUCUUCCUCCUCGGUCCCGCCUCCAAUGCCAACUGGCUCCACAGCAUCCAAGCCGAUAAGCGUGCCGCGUCUGAGCGCAGCGAGGCCGAGCUUGCGUACAACGGGAUGCGCAUCUCACUCACGUUCCGGCACAUUGGGACGUUUAUCGACUCCGAGAGCGGCACCAUCUGGGGCCAGGGUGCAACGGCGAAGGAGAAGAAGAAUGCGCGGGACGUCGUUAACAACGACGAAGGCGCCAACGAGAAGCUUGUGCGCGCCUUCUCGAGGGAGAAUCACGGCACAAGCGAGGAGUUUAGCUGGGAGAAGGAGUAUGGGAGGGGUUUCGAUGUAUUGCAUUUUCGGGAUGCGCCGCACGAGGAGGAAGAACCGAUUCUUUUCGCGGGCGCGAAUGAGGUGGAGAAUCAUAUGAUUAGGAUUUUCCUGGCGGAGAAGGGGAUUAGGUAUAUUUUGUUGCCGGCACCGGUCCUUCUUCCCUCGGAUAGCGGGAAAGCGGGUUCCCAGAGGACUAGACAGCCGACGUAUCGCGAUGCGGAUACGCAUCACACCGAGGUUCAUAGCGCGAUACCGAUUCUUUUGUACCUGGAUCGGUACCAGCCGCUUGAUCGGGGCGAGGUGGGGAAGCCGGGUGUGGCGAGGAGUUAUGAGGUUUUGGGCAGGGCGGGGAGGUUGGUGGGUGCGUGGGGGAAUAUGCGGAGGGGGGUUCCGACGUUUGAGAGGGAGGAUGGGGGUGGGGAAGAGGGGAGGUAUAUUGCUGGGAGGAGGUUUAGUGUGGGGGAUUGUGCGGUUUGGAGUUUGUUGGACGAGGUCAUUGGGCAGUGGGAGGAGUGGGAUGGGGAGAGGUGGAGGUGUUUGGAGAGGUAUUAUAGGGGGCUUUGGGAGGGGAGGCAGAGUGUGAGGGGGGUCAGGGGAGAGUUGUCGGGUUUAAAGAGGAGGCAGGGUGAGGAGGAAAGGGGUGAGGCAAAAGACAAGGGGAAGGAGAAGGAACAGGAAGAGAUUGAGGAAGAGCAUGAUGAGGAAGAAGAGGAGGAGUAAUAAACCUGGGCGACGUGCGACCUCAAACUCUCAUUUUCGGCCCGCAUCGAAAGAAAGCGUUAUAGCGGACAUUGAUCCGUUUAUGCGGCGUUUCUGGCAUCGGCAUUGCAUUGGCAAAAAGCUCAGGGUUCUAGUGGUUUUUACAACGUUUGGACUCGUUGAUUUACUGGCUUUCGUUUCCGCUAUAGACUUUCGAUUAUUCUCUUGACUGUGCCAUGCAUGGGUAAUGUCUAUCAUUAGGUGAGUCGCAGGCAUUGCAGGGUUUGGAGUAACUGCGGAGUAACUGCAGAGUAACUGCACACGACGGCAUAGUGCGUCGGUAGAGCAUAGUAUUACAUUGAAACGG